AAUUGUGGGCUCUUUAUUUCUACAUUGGAAGUGUGAACCCCUCUUAUUCCCCUCUCCAAACACGCUCUCUCUCUCUCUCUUCAAACGCUCCUCUCUCUCUCUCUCAGAUGCAGUUAGAGUGAGAGAGUUAAUGCUUUGAAGUGUUGCAGAAGACGAAGAAGAAGAAGACAAAGAUAAGCAACGCAACAGUGGAUCCCUUCAACGGUGGCAGACAUGGGAAGAGGCCCCAUGACCACGACCACCAUCAAUCGGUAUCGGAUGACAAUAAUUACGACCACUUCUAUUACAACAAUCAGCAGCAGAAUCCGCUGUUGUACUCAUCAGCCAGAUCGGAGCAAGACAUGUCCGCCAUGGUCGCCGCCCUCUCCCAAGUCCUCGGUUACACCGGCGACACUCCACCCCAACCCCCACCCCCUCCAUCCCAACCUCCUCCUCUCCCUACCGCCACCACAGCAGAACUAGCGACGACCGGGAACCCAAGGAGGCGGCACUACCGCGGCGUACGGCAGAGGCCAUGGGGUAAGUGGGCGGCGGAGAUUCGCGACCCCAAGAAGGCUGCCCGAGUAUGGCUGGGCACCUUCGACACUGCGGAGGCUGCUGCCCUCGCAUACGACGAAGCUGCCCUAAACUUCAAAGGCAACAAGGCUAAGCUUAACUUCCCGGAGAGGGUAGUUCAAGGAAGAACAUUUCUCACUUCUUCUUCUUCUUCUACUUAUCAGGGCCAAGAGACUUAUCUUGAUGUCGCUCACUAUGCAAACCUAAUGCAAGGGCAGAAUAGUCAUUCCACUUCCUCAGCACAAUUAGGGUUUCAUGGUGGCUUCAUUUCUCAGGGACCUUCUUCCAUGUCUUCUUCAUAUUCACAGCUUGCCUCACAUGAUCAGCAGCAGCAGCAGCAGCAGACGAAUGAGGAACAGCAGCGAGAGCGUGAUUUCAUGAGCUUUCAAUCAAGUAAUUUUGCGGGUUCGGGUUCGGGUUCGGGUAUGGAUAACUGGAGAGGAUUUGAUAACUGAUACUUAUAAGUUGUUUCUUUUUUUGUUUCUGUGGUUGUGAUCGAUCCCUCAAGAACAGUAGAUGGUUUCUCACAAGCUGAAAAAUUAAUGGAUUUGCAUUCCUCAUUUGAGUUUUUAAGUUUGUUUGUGUUGUUUGGAAGAACACUAAAUCCCUUCAUUUGGUUUUGUAAUUUUAAUUUGGCUUUAUUAUGCUGUUUUUUUA